AUGUACAGUUUUGUCUCUAUGCCCUACUGUAGGGGGCUGAUGGGAAAUGUAGGCGGGGAGACCCGCAGGGGUCGUGGGCGGGGUAGGGGGCGUGGCAGGAAGGAGGAAGGGAUGACAGAGAUGCACCAAGAAAUGAACAAAGUACCCGACCUCCAAUAUCAACAACAACAACAACAGCAGCAGCAGUUCCACCAACAACAGCACUUUCAACAACAGCAGCACCAACACCAUCACCUCCAACAGCAGCAAAAUAUACAACCUCAACAGCAGCAGCACCUACAACACCUUCAUCAAGAGCAUCCACAGCACCAGAAACCUUUCAAGCCUAUCAAGAUCAAGCUGCCUAUCCCCUCUAUGUCUCCCUCGGACUCCUUGCUAAGGACAGACUCCCUGUCCAGCACCGACCCGGUUCUCUCUGACGGGUCAGUGGGCUCGGCCCCUUCCCUGGGCCUGAGUCCAGGAACCACCGCUGGGAUGGACAUGAACAUCACCAGGAGCCAGGAGAAGAUGAAGCAGAAAGCUCAAGCCCAGGAGAUGACGUGGGAGAGGGACAUGGAUGAGCAGCUGACCCCAGAGGCCUGGGCUGCCAUGCAGAAGCUCUCCAACACGACGGAGGACAAGCCCCCGGAGCUGAAGUCUAAUUUCAUGGCCUCCUUCCUGGACUUCCUCAAGACGGGGAAGAAGCAGCCUGAAUCUGGACCUGGUGGACCACAAGACCUAGGAGGGCCAGUGGAAGGAGCUGAAACCACAGACUCUUCCUCCCUGAAGGGUAGGAUCCUGUCCCCGCCUCCCCCUCCACCUCCCCCUCCUCCACCCCCUCCGUUUGGGGACAGUAGCGAGGGCGAGGACGGGCUGAGCCCCUGUAAGCGUCUGGACGACGAGCUGAAGAGGAACCUGGAGACGCUGCCAUCCUUCUCCUCCGACGAGGAGGAGGAGGACUCUGUCAGUAAGAACCAGGACCUGCAGAAGAGCAUCUCCUCGGCCAUAUCUGCCCUUUAUGACACGCCCCAUUCGCUGGCUGCAGCCGUGGCCCCGCUCCCACCCAGCCCAUCUCCGCCCCAGAGCCCAUCGCUGCCACCAACGCCGCCGCCAUUGGCCCAAAUGCAGGAGGACGUAGCCGAUCUGGAGGAGCAGGACGAUGACGUAGAGACACAAAUGCAACUACACAACACACAGGCCAACACACAGCCAAAUACACCGCCCCCAGAACAGGAAGGACUGAAAGGGAUGGACGGAGAGGAUGAACGACAAGAGGAGAUGGAGAAAGAGGAGGAGAUGGAGAAAGAAGAGAGGGUAGAGGAAGACCUGAAUGUAGAGUGCAGGGGUGUGGAGAAAGAGGUAGAGGAGAGGGAAGAGGAGGAGGAGAGAGAGCCUGAGUUUGAGAUGCUGGAUGAGAUGCUGGAUGCUCCUAAAGUGGAAGAUGAUGAAGAGGAGCAGCAGGAGCCAUCCCCCAAACAAACCCACAACCCCUCCUCUCUCCUCCCCCCAGCUCCUCUCCCCCAGCCCUGCCCUCUAUCCACCCUCCCCUUCCCCUGCAAUGCCCCCCUCCACUACCCCCCCCCCUCCUCUUCCCCUCCCCUUUCGGAUUGUCCAGAGUUGGCCCAGCCUUCCGCCUCACCCUCCUCUUCCCCACCCUCACCCCCCACCCCUGAGGAUGCGCCAGCCCCCAAGAUCACCUCUCUGCACCUGGCCAAAAAGCAGGACAAUGCGGCCAUCGCUGGAGAGAGCGAGGAGGAGGACAGCGAGAGUGGCGGCGAGGGCAUCUUCCGGGAGAGAGAUGAGUUUGUGGUGCGGACUGAGGACAUUGGCACGCUCAAGAUGGCCCUGCAGACCGGCCGCGAGCCACCACCCAUCUGGAGAGUGCAGAAAGCCCUGCUGCAGAAGUUCAGCCCCGAGAUCAAAGACGGACAGAGGCAGUUCUGUGCCACCAGCAACUAUCUGGGCUACUUUGGRGAUGCCAAGAUGCGGUACCAACGUCUCUAUGUCAAGUUCCUGGAGAAUUUCAAUAAAAAGGAUUAUGUCCGUGUGUGCUCACGUAAACCCUGGCACAGACCUGGACUCAUGUUUGGAGGAUAG